ACACCCUCUGGCAUUUCACAGUCUCUGAUAUUCUCCGUCUAAGAUGCGAGUUCACAGCGGACGGAUCAUCCUCACUUGACAUUUGCACGAUUGGAUCUGGCCGCGGGCGGAGAGUUUAACAUUUCCAGGGACGGGCAGAACCAGGCAAAGAUGCAACUCCUCCUGAAGCUGCUUUUCCUCCUGCAUGCAGGAACACAAGGAGUUCCGCUAAUCACAAAUUUGAUCCAGUCACGUCUGGUCAAGGUGUGGAGAGGCGAGUCCGUCACGUUAAACUGUACCUUUAGUUAUAAUGGAAGUGUGAAUGCCUGGCUCCGCGUUUCAUGGCAUCGGACAUCACCUGGAGGGUCUACUGACAACACGAACAACCCGCUCUGCAUUCCUCACCCCCUCUGGGGUGGUUUCAAACACUGUACGGCAUCACUGAAGAUUGAAAAUGUAUCGUUUGGUCACUCUGAUUACAACUACAUUUGUGCGGUGAAUGUACCACAUGUCUUCCCUCCAAUUCAUGAAAAGGGCCAAGGAACACGAAUACAGGUUUAUGAUCUUCCAGAAAUGUAUAUACGGAGUGAUACUUUGGUUGCUGGUCAUGAAUCCACUCUAAACUGCUCUGGCAAGGGAUUGUACGACAAGGAUAUCUCCUUCACAUGGACAUGCACCUCUACAAAUAUCACUGCACCAACUUUUGAAACAGACAGGAAUGGCACACUAGUUGCCACCAGUCAUUACAAGAUUGUCCCAAGAGUGGAAGACAAUGGAACUGUUUGCAGUUGUCAGAUUUAUCAUUCCGUUUUUGGACGGCCAGUUGUAAAUACGAUCAAACUAAAUAUUAUGUAUGGACCACAAGAUCUAUUAAUAACAUACAGGUUGAAAGCAGUGGAUACUUUUCGACUGAUCAAUGAUAACAUCAUCUUUGUUGCUGCUGAUUCAUUCCUGGAACUGAAUUGUCGCGUAGAUAGUAAUCCGGUCUCCACUGUUUUCUGGACAAAUGCCACGGAGAAUCAUAAUGUAACGUUGCAAACUGGAGUCGGGUUCAACAGUUCAAAAGAAUGGACACGUUUCCAACGUAAAGAUGAAGGAAUGUAUUGGUGCAUGGCAAAAAACGGCUACGGCUGGAGAAACAGAAGUAUCUCGAUAAACACAAAACAGAAAGAUUAUCCUUUUCUUUAUGCUCUGGUCCUGAUCCCCCUAACUACUGCCAUGAUUUUGGCAAUAAUAUAUGUUUGUCUGAACUGUAAGAGGCAACGGAAAGAUCCAGUCAAUGUAACCAUUGAGCUGAGUCCUGAAAACAUGCACAGGGAUGCAAACUGCAACAAGGAGUUAGAUACAAUAUAUGCAGUGGUCAGGAAGAAUGGCCCACCAAUCAGCAGACCGUAUUCAACCGAGGUUGCAUUUGUUAAUGAAGGGAACAGUGAAGAAGAAGUGUCCUAUGCGGACAUUGUUAUCCACAGUCCAAAACAACGCUACAACCAAAAAGCCAAGCAAAUUUGCGACGUAAUGGAGAAAAAUGCCAAAAAAACGUUACCGUAUGUUUACAGCUCAUCUCCUCGCCAUCAUGUUGAUGAUACAUCUGAAUAUUCUGUGGUGCGAGUUUCACGUCAAGACUUGAGGACUGUGUGACCUUGAAAUUAGUUCUCAGCUACUUUGUAGCCUCAGGAAUGAACUACUCACAAGUGGUUUCACAGAGCGACAUGGAGGACGAGCAUCUGGGAACUGAGUGGCCAACACCAAGACUACCGUGCUCAGCAAUAGACUUCAUCGCUUUAUAAUUCUUCCUAUGGACAAGAGUCAAUUGUUCACUUUUCUUAGGUGUUAGAUAUCCUUAAGGAGUCAAACGUUUUGUCAGGCAUAUUUUAGUCCCAGUUUUGUUUUUCUCUUGCAAAAGACAAAAUUAUUUGGUGGCUGAACUUCUUUAGGAGCUGGCAGCUCCAGGAGUAACUCAAUAAGUUGACCAUUUUCUCAAGGGUCUAAAAAUGCAAUUUCUCUGGUGCUUAAAUCGGGAUGUUCCGUUGACCGAAGACAACUGUAAACUGUCUUUGCCCAUCACAUGUGGAGUUUACAUGAAGAGGUAUUGGACAUUCAUCUGACUUUUGCAUGCAGUCCAGGCCUGGGCACAAAAACAACGGUCGCUGACCUCCCAUCCUGCAGAGAUCAGUACAGGACGACUGCAAUCCUUAUACUUCAGCUCCAGGCUGGACUGUGAGCUCACACUGAAAUAUAAUUGAGCUGAUGAGAAACAUUAACACAGCCAAGCUGCUGUAGUGAACAGUAAAAUUAUUUGCAUGUAUUCUUCUGUUUGAAUGUACAAGUCUAUACAUUAAAAUUGUGAAGAGAAACUUGAAUUCUA